AUGGUGUACUGGUUUCUGAAGAUGAAAAGGUUUCCAUCACAGUUUUUAAUCGGCAUUAAUGGUGCUGGUUCUGCUGAUAUUAAGGUGGAGGUGCAAAUGGCGGCAGCGGCGGCAAGUUUUGGUAAUAAUACUGUUUUGCUUAGGGUUUCAUCUUGUAAGGGACUAUUUCAUCUGAUUCAUCUCUUUGCUCUUUCAAUUGAAAGAAUUGGUAGGGAGAAAGAGUCACUUAAAGCUGUUAAAACAAUAGAUGCGCACUUCUAUGAGUAUAUUUCUCAAAAGCGAAAACACUUGAUUCAAGGAGUAAAAACUUUUGAUCUCUUGUCAUCAUACAUAAAUGAAGAGCUGAAGAGAACUAAAAUUCCUUCGUUGCCACCUGAAAAUGACGAUGAAUUCCUUAGAGAUUCCAUGCUCAGUCUGUUUGUAGCUGGAAAGGAUACAAUUGCAUCAGGUCUCAUUUGGUUCUUUUGGCUGGUCUCCAAAACACCUUCUGUUGAGGAAAAAAUCUUGGAAGAAUUGAAAGUGUUAUUGUCCUCAAAAAUGGGGCAAGUGUCAGAGUACCAUGAGUGGCCAUGGGUUUUUCAUUUAGAUGACACAAAUGGGUUGGUUUAUUUGCACGCAGCAUUAUGCGAAUCGCUGAGAUUAUACCCACCGGUUCCAAUUAAUAGCAAGACGGUGUUAAAUGAAGUUGUGCUCCCAGAUGGGAGUUUGAUAAAACCAGGGACGCAGGUAUUAAUUCCAUUCUAUUCUGUUGGACAAAUGCCAUGGAUCUGGGGAGAGGAUUGUCUGGAAUUUAAUCCAGAAAGAUGGAUAGAUGGUGAUGGGAAGUUAACCAGAAAUGGAAAUGCGGCCAAGUUCUUUACAUUCAAUAUAGGACCAAGAACUUGUUUAGGCAAGGAUAUGUCAUUUACACAACUGAAGGCUAUCGCUGCAGCUGUUCUUCUCAACUUCCAUGUUGAAGUAUUGGAAGGCCAGGAUGUCCGCCCUAAACCAGCUAUUACUCUUCAUAUGGACAAGGAAUUGAAAGUCAAAAUACACAAGAGAGUUAUUUGA